ACAAACCCUUUCUUCUGUUUUUCGUUGUCUAGUCUAGGACAUGUCCUGCUCCACUCUUCCACAGUGGCUCUCCUCAAAACCCUCAAAUCCGCAGAGAUUUUUGUUCUCAUUUCAAAACCCAUUUCGUUUGCUCCCCUGUAUUUCGCCCCCAAAUGGCCCCUUCCAGUCCUCUCUAUUCGUUCGCUGCAAACUCCGAGAGCUCCGCCAACGAAUCGAUUCCAUAAAGAACACCCAAAAAAUCACUGAAGCCAUGAAGCUAAUCGCCGCCGCCAAGGUCCGGCGAGCCCAAGAAGCCGUCAUUAACGGCAGACCUUUCUCCAAUACCCUAGUGGAAGUCCUCCACUACAUCAACGAACAGCUCCAAGACGACGGCGUUUCAGUCCCCUUAACAGAGGUCAGGGCUGUGAAGAGGGUUGCCCUCCUGGUGAUCACCGGUGAUCGCGGCCUCUGUGGCUCUUUUAACAACGGAAUCCUCAAAAUGGCUGAGACCCGUAUCGCAGAAUUGACAGAUCUUGGAUUGGACUGCACUGUGAUCAGCGUCGGACGAAAGGGUAAUUCGUAUUUUCGUCGCCGGAGUCGUGCUCCGGUGGUUUCGGUGGAUCGUUUUGUUGAAGGAGGAGGUCGGUUUCCGACCGCAAAAGAGGCUCAGGUCAUUGCGGAUGACGUUUUCUCGCUGUUUGUGAGUGAAGAGGUCGAUAAAGUGGAGCUUUUGUAUACGAAAUUCGUGUCGUUUGUGGAGUCCCAGACGGUGAUUCAAACUCUGCUGCCAUUAUCGAUGAAGGGAGAGGUCUUUGAUCAGAACGGCAACUGUGUUGAUGCAAUGGAAGAUGAGUUGUUUAGGUUGACCACAAAGGAAGGGAAACUGAGCGUGGAGAGGGAUAAGGUCCAGCCGGAGAAGGUUGAAUUUUCCCCAUUUUUGGAAUUUGAACAAGACCCAGCUCAGAUUCUCGAUGCCUUGAUGCCUCUGUAUUUGAACAGCCAGAUUCUGAGGGCAUUGCAGGAGUCACUGGCGAGUGAGCUCGCUGCAAGGAUGUGUGCCAUGAGUAAUGCAACAGAUAACGCGGUGGAGCUGACGAAGACUCUCUCCCUUGCCUAUAAUCGGAAGAGGCAGGCCAAAAUCACAGGUGAAAUAUUGGAGAUUGUUGCUGGAGCUGAUGCUCUUUCUGAACAGCCAUAAUUUGGAGCUUGGGCUUCUUAGAUGAGAAGUAGAAAGAGACUAGGAUCAAACAGAUCAUACACCAUUUUUUUCAUAGUUGUAGUCUUUGGACUAUGCUACAGAACAAUGGGAUCAUACACCGUUUCCCUGUGAUAUGGCUGUUAUAUUGCCCUCUGGCUUCCUGGUCUCUAUUGUUAUGGUAGGUUUUGGCUCUAUGUUCACUCCAUUGCUUUACCAGAGAGUGAAUUUUGUACUCCAUAGAUGAUUAUGCGGGUUGUACUAUGCUAAUUGGUCAAAAACCAGUUCAUUAUGCAUAGCCCCAAGAAAAUGAGAUUGGGGUUUAUCAGUUGGAAGUUUUGUUUCAGGUGAUUUUUGGUUGCUAUAAUAGAGUUGCUCUAUAUUCUUGGAA